AAAAAUUGCAAAUCAGAUACUAUUGACAUGGUAAUGGUAAUGGUAUGGUUGCUCAUCUUGAAGCCAGAGGAAGAGUUUGCUGAGCCGAAGUAGAUUUUCUACAAAGCAACUUAAAUCAUCUCGUUGGGGGUCAAUAGAUAGAAUAUGGCCGAGAAUGAGGAUAGACGUAUAACGCAUCAGGAGGAGACCAAGCUGGCUGAUAAUAAUGAACAGUCAGAUAGCCAUAUUCAAUUAAAUGAUUCAUAUACGGAGUUUAUAAAAGAAAUCAAAGUGGAAAUACAAGAAGAAACUAAAACGAGCAAAGCAGAGGAAGGUGGGCAUAAUAGGAUAGGCUGGCUUCCACAGAUCUUGCGUCGAGAUAAUCAGAAAUUUGUAUAUACAUACUGUCACCCAAGAGAGUUGCCAAUCGGUCCGCUAUGUUAUGAUCCUUCUAUUGACUUACCACAAAAGGAGCGUGAUCACCUGAAAGAUUUAAUAAAAAAUACAAGGGACCUCAAGAUUAAUUUGGCAAGGAAGUUCGUCGAAAAAUAUUUUCCCGAGAAUGGUCAAGUGGAGAAUGUACUGAAAAAAAUCAAGGAAAAAAGAGGCUUCAAACUCCAAUUUUGUGAGAUAGAUGUAGGUGAGGAUGCACUGGUACGAAUCCUUUUCUUGGAUGGGUGUACAAUACUACAGUUUAUAGAGAGCUAUAUGGAAAGGAGAGGAGGAUUAGAAGAGUUUGGAAUUGAUCGUGAUCGAGAAACAUUGAUGGUGGAGGACUUGUUCUUGCUACAAAACCAAAUCCCCUUCCAAGUCAUUGUGUUGUUCUUUGAAUUGAUGAAAGAUGAGGAUCAUUGUGCCAACCUGAAAAUGGAUAUUGUUUUUUUCCUUCACAUGAACAAUUUCAUGACACAUGAACCAAUGCUCAUCUACUACUUUUAUGACGAAGAUGAACUUCUUCAAAUACGAAAUUGCGGUGUACAUGUUCACCUUCUUUUCCUUCUUCACUCCUUCAUUGCAGGUCAUAAAUACAACCGAGUUGACCAAAUUUCUGAUCCCAAAUCAAAACGGGGAGGAUAUAACUUUCGCAUGCGCAGCGUACAAGAACUUAAAUCAGCUGGGCUAGAGUUUAAGCCAACCUCAACUGGUUCCAUCUCUUUCAGUAGUAAAUGUUUUAAGAUCAAUGGCCAUCUUAACCUUCCCCCAUUAAUUGUUAACGAAAGGACAGAGUAUAAGCUGAAGAAUCUUGUGGCCUACGAGAUGAGUCUUCCUCCUCAUUUCCUUGACCAACAAACUCAGUAUCCUGUGAUUUCUUAUGUGAAAUUCAUAGAUGUUCUGAUUGAUAAAGAAGAAGAUGUUAAAGUGCUAAGGGCAUCAAGAGUGAUUCAAAACCACCUCAGCAGUGAUGCAGAUGUAGCUACGCUAAUCAACAAACUAGGGUCAGAGUGCUUCAACCCACCACAUGACUUGUAUAAGAAAGUCAGGAAGCAGAUAGAAACUCACUGCCAGAAAAAGCGUGCGAUUUGGAUGGCCCAAGUUUGUGAAAAACAUUUCAGCAGCCCCUGGACUAUUGUUGCUCUUUUGGCAGCUGCAUUAAUUCUUUUGUUGACUGCCACUCAAACUUGGUACGCAAUUCGCUCCUGAGUUACUACAAAGUGGUGCAACACCAAUUAAUUAUCAUAUUAUUUUGGUUCAACUUUUUUCAUUUAUGGUUUUGGCUGAUGUAAUAUGUAGUUGCACAUAUAUAUAUAUAUAUAUAUGUGUGUGUGUGUGCUUUCGCCGGCCUGUGAUGUUGGAUAUUUGUGACUAUAUCUAUAGGUUCGUAUGCUGUGUUUGGUGUGCAUAUGUAAUAAAUCCUCUUCUUUGUUAGGACA